CUUGUUGAAAACUCUUUGGUGUCAGCUCCUUCAACAACAAAGAAACGUUGCAUUUCACCUGUGAAUUCAUCUUUUUAUCUUUCCCAAUUCGCCAAUUUUUAUCUGGGUUUUUGUUCAAGAAAAAGAAGAAUAAGAGCUUCUCAACUUCAUCAGUUUUUGGUAAUCUUAUGGAGAUAGCCGUCAUUGAUUGGAAAGCCAUUGAUUCAAGAUUCGUUAAAGAUGAUCUUUAUGAGCAUUUUAAAGCUCCUCAAUGGGUUGAUUUCUUCGCCCCGGAUGCUCCUGUUGAUGAUGAUGCUUGGUUCUGCAUACCAGAGUGUAAUCAUCCAAAGACAGUGGAAGAUUUCUACAAAGUAGCUACCCCUUCCUCCUCCUCCUCUAAGCUUCAAAGGUCAGCUAGUGUAUCUGAUAUUCCUCUCGGGGAACGAAAUAGGAGAGAUGCAACACUGAAGAAGAGAGGGCAAAUUCAACCGUCAGUCUCAUUGAAUAAAGACUUGAAAUAUGACAAGAUUGUUGAAGAUAGUGAAAAUCAGAAUCCCAAUUUUGCAACCCCUCCAAGGUUUAAGGCUAAAUUGAUGAAACAAACAAUCAAAUCGAGCACGGAGAAGAAGCCAGAUGAUGAGAAAGAAGAACAGAUACCAAAGUUGAGAAGUACUCUUUCAGCUAGGAAUCUAUUUGCUGGUGGGGAUUUGUUGAACAAGGUAUCUGAGUUCUGCAAUGAGCUGAAGAGACUAGUAGUUACCAGGACUAAAGAGAGAGAGAAGUGUGCAGAUGAGAACUUGGAAACAAGUCCACUAAUGGGGGAAAAUAAACAAAAGGAGCCAAUAAUUGUUGAUGAUAAAGAAAGGGAAAGGAAGCCAUUAACGGAGAUGACUAAAGAGACCAAUGAACUAGUGGCAAAGAGCAACACUAAGGAGAAACAGAGAAGGAAACUGAGAAAUGAUAAUGCAGAAAACACACCAAUACUUGUGGAUGUGAAGAACAUUAAGCGCAGAGAUGAAGAGAUCUUGUCUCAGAUCCGCACAAAUCCUCCCACUCCUCAGUGUUUCUCAGUCAGCCGGGGAAUUACAAAGGCCACUCCAUCUAAGCCUUUGAAAUCUAGGCCUCUGGAGACAAGGGGGAUCCUUCAAGAACUGGAACGAAGCAGCAAUGAAGGGAAGAGAAAGGAAGAUCCAAGGAAGAUGAUGAGUAAUAAUUAUCAAGAAGGACAGAGAGGUGAUGCUAUUGUUGCUGAAAAAGAAGCUACAAGAGCUUUGGAUGUUUUCUGGUUCUUGAAACCUUGCACACUUGCCAGCUGAGAAAGGUUCAGGCCACUGUUGCUGAACAACAUUUCAUACUUUAAAAGUGUCAUUUUGUUUUUCCAUAUUAUUUCAUUCUUUAUAGUUUCUGAUACACUCAAUCAAUCUAUGAUUUUACCCCAUUUCUUUGGUCUUUGGGGAAAAUAAGUUGUAAGAAAACAGUUCAAAGGUCCAGUGCAUGUAUUAAAUAAUAUUAUCCAUUUAUUGUUCAUUGAAA